CUUUCGGCAACUUAUAUCCGGUGAUCCGCAGCGAAGUGUCUUGAACCCGUGUCAAAGUAGUGUCAUGAUGUCGUGAUAAUCAACCUGACAGCUCGACACAUCCAUCUAAAGACACCACCUCAUCCAGUCCAAGUGAUGUUCUCAAACUCCUACCAGAGCGGCUUCGUUUCGAUAUUCUACAGCGUCGGAAGCAAUCCUUUAGCACUCUGGGAUAAACAAGUAAAAAAUGGCCACAUCCGAAGAGUUAUUGACGAUGAGAUCAAAUCGCUGGUCUUGGAAAUAUCGGGAACCAAUGUAGCUACCACCUACGUUACGUGCCCCAUCAAACCUAGAGCUUCUCUGGGGAUCAAACUACCGUUCUUCGUCAUGAUCGUCAAAAAUAUGAACAAGUAUUUUACUUUCGAAAUACAAAUUUUAGAUGACAAAGAAAUGCAUCGAAGAUUUCGUGUGUCGAACUUCCAAUCAACAACUAAAGUUAGGCCGUUUUGUACAACAAUGCCAAUCGGUUUGAGCUCAGGAUGGAACCAAGUUCAGUUCAAUUUAGCCGAUUUCACCAAACGAGCAUAUGGUACGACUUAUAUGGAAACUAUGAGGGUACAAAUACAUGCCAACACUCGAAUUCGCCGUCUUUAUUUCACUGACACCCUGUACACAGACGAAGAUCUGCCAAACGAAUUCAAAUUGUUUGGCCCCGCUGCUACCCAGAAGAAGAAACAAGCUGAAACGAGAAUGUCCAAAGAACAAGUUACCAAAGAACAAGCCCACCCAGUUACACCGAAAACGGCACAAGACAAGACUGAAGAGGAAAUUCCUCCGCCAUCAACCCCAAUAGAAGAAGAAGUAAUACAAAAAACAGAAAUCUUCCCGGACGAAAAAUUACCAGAAGCUACAGAAGAACAUGUUGGCGAAGUUGAACACGUUGAGACCACAGAAGUUGGGGUGGAAAUUGAAGCAGCUGAUGAUGUAAAGCAGGAAGAAACACCAGCAGAAGAAGUGAUACCUGAAGGAGGUAUUGUUGAAGGAGUUUCAACUGAAGUAGAAACAGCUGGAGAUUCCCAAGCUGUAGAAGCAGCAGCUGUUGAAGGUGAAGCACCUGCAGAUGUGCCCACUGAGGAACCUGCCACCGAUGAGAAUCCAGAGGAACAACCACCUACAGCCACCGAGCCUACCGAGGAUAAGGUAGCUGAAGAGGUGGAAGUACAAGAACCUACACCUUCAGAGGAACCAGCAGCUCCUAGUGAAGAACCACCGACGACUGAAGAACCAGGGAUUGAAGAAGUUGCCACUACAGAACCGGCUACUACAGAGGAACCUACUACGACUGAACCUCCCACCGAAUCAGAGAACGAAUCCCCAGAAGAAUGAAGUUUAAUUUGACGGAUAUUUGUAAUUUUCAAUAUCACACCUUCUUGCAGAUUUCGUAUCGAUAUUAUAUAUUUUUUGAAUUAUAAAAACUCUCAUUAAGAUGAGAAACCAUAAAACUGUAUCUUCUCAAUCCUUCUGUCAGAGGGCGUUGAAAACAGCUCUUUUAAAAUAUAGAUCCAGAGGUUGCUACAU